AUGACAAGUUUCUUCUCUGGGUUUGUUAUCUUCAUGAUUCUUGGUUAUAUGUCCCAGCAUUCCAAUCUUCCAAUAUCGGAAGUUGCUACACAAGGUCCUGGACUUGUGUUCGUUGUCUAUCCAGAAGCCAUAGCUACUCUACCAGGAGCGACAUUUUGGGCGUUAAUAUUUUUCCUUAUGCUUCUUACCCUCGGCCUUGAUAGCUCUUUCGGAGGAUCCGAAGCCAUUCUAACUGCGCUGUCAGACGAGUUCCAGUGGUUGCGAAGACAUCGAGAACUCUUUGUUGCCAUGUUAUUCACUGUCUAUUUUGUUGUUGGCCUGGCCAGCUGUGCUCAGUUCAAUAUUGUGUUUGGCCUGGUGGCUUACCAACCACUCAAAUACGAUGACUACGAAUACCCCUGGCCGGCCAACUUCAUCGGCUGGUGUGUCGCCCUUUCUUCCAUCUUGUGCAUACCCGGCUUUGCAAUUUUCGGCAUGCUUACUACUCCGGGAACAUUUAAAGAGGUGAGGAAACAAUGGCUGACAAUUCGAAGAGAUAAAAAAACCCUUGAUGAAUUUCUUUCUUUCUUUCUUUCUUUCUAA